CUUUGAUCCUCGAUGUGUAUCGUGUUCUUCAUGGAGUCGUGGACCAGCGUACUGCAAGGCACAUGAUCUUCCACUAGCUACUUAAGGGUAGCCAAACAGACCUUACCGUUUUUGGAUAGAAUGCGGAGAUGGACGAUAAGGAAAGCAUUGAAGCAUUGAAGCAUUCAAGAUUAUCAUCUCAGUCACUCAUCCCUUCGAGUACUCGAUCAGUGACAAGUCAUCCUUCAUCCCCUCGUUUGUCCACCCUGUUUACUACGUGUGUGCGCUGGUUCGACACAUGCUGUUUUAGAGUCCAAUAAUUCUCCUGUCUCUUGCCGCCCCCCCCCGAUCUGCACUCCCUGCCCCUAUGCACCGGGCCCAUAGACCGCCCAUCGCUCUGUAACUCCCUUCAUCCCGCCCAGCAUCUUCCAUUUCAACAGCCUCUUCCUCUAUACACAGACGAUCCUAGAAUCGGCUUUGUUCACCAGAAUGGAUUCUCUCAGUCUACAAUGCGGGCAACUGGAUUCGCCCGACUAUAAGAAUUUCAUCCUCUCCAUUCUAAUCGUCUUCGGCAUUCUCCUCUCCUACCUCCCCCAGCACAUCCGCAUCAUCUCGUUGAAAUCCUCGUUCGGAAUCUCCCCCUACUUCGUCCUCCUCGGCACGACCUCUGGCUCGUCCGCCCUCGCCAAUGUCGUCUCCCAACAACAGAGUCUCCACGACAUGUCGUGCUGCAAGCAAAUCAGCGGACUAGGCUGCUUCUCCGCCCUCCUAGGGAUCCUUCAAGUCGGCACUCAAUGUCUCUGCUUCUUCCUAAUCCUCUUCCUCUUCGUCCUCUUCUUCCCCCGCCACCAUCACUACGGCAUCGACCACCGCCGGACCACCCCAACCUACCGCACCGCCCUCACGGUCGCAGGCAUCUGCAUCGUCCACGCCCUCAUCAUGCUCAUCACCACCCUGGCCGUCGGCCUCCGCCGGCCCGAGGCCCUCCAGUCCUGGUCUAACUUCUGCGGCGUGCUCGCCGCCCUCCUCGCCUCGGUCCAGUACUUCCCGCAGAUCUAUACGACGGUGCGCCUCCGCUGCGUCGGCAGCCUCAGCAUCCCGAUGAUGUGCAUCCAGACGCCCGGCAGUCUCGUGUGGGCGGGGAGCCUGGCGGCGCGGCUGGGGCAGGCUGGAUGGAGUACCUGGGGGGUGCUGAUCGUCACGGCGUGUCUGCAGGGGACGCUGCUGGCCCUGGGCGUGUGGUUCGAGUAUCUGGGUCCCGACAAGGGCCAUGGCCACGACGAUGAGGGUGACGCCUCGAAUAAGAAUCCCGCUAAUGGUGGAACGGGACCGGCCCGUGGUGUGGAAGCAGAAGACGGAGAAGAAGGCCAGGGCCGGGAUCACCCGUCCGAGGAGACGCCGCUUCUUGGGGGAUGAAAGCUUUCAUCCUCUCUCUCUGAGGGGCAGGAAGUCUUAUUCCGGCUAUUAUCCAAGGAUCUUUGGCAUAUAUAGUGUAUGUAGAUCUCACAAGGUUUAAUUGGCUGUAAAUCAUUCUGGUCUGUUGAAGUGUAAGGUAUCCAAUG